AUGGCAAAGACUUUGUACUCUUCAUUGUUCUUCCUCUCCUUUGUAGUAGUAGAAUUACUUGGAAUUCUUCCAAAUGUGAAGGGAAACAUACUUGAUGACUUUUGUCCUGAAAGCUUCAUUCCUCCACUUUGUUUUCAGAUGCUUCGAAAUGACCUCUCUGUCCCCAAAGGAGAUAUUCAUGGUCUUCUCUCUACUAUUCUUCAAAUAGCACAAGAUAAUACCACAUCUACCUAUAAAUUGGUUAAAUCAAUUCUUAAACAACCCAUCAAAGAUCCCAACGUGAAAGCCCAAAUGACCAAUUGUUUGAGAAAUUACAAUGAUGCCACUAAUUAUCUUAAACAAUCCAAUGAUUUCUAUAAGACUGGUGCUUAUAAAAACACAAGUUUGUAUUCAUCUCUUGCUGUGUAUGAAUCUGUUUCUUGCAACCAUGGUUUUAAUGAAGUACCAUCUGAGCUCAAGCCACUCAGCGAGGCGGUCCAAGAGUUCUCUAAUCUUUCGGCACGUAUAGCCGAUAAUCUAAAAUAA